CUGGGAAAACGGAGGUGCGGAGGGAUGGGAGCAGCGGGGUCCCGAGGUGCGCCGGGCGUUUUUUUUUUCCCCCCACCAGUGAUGUUUCUGGCUGUUUUUUCUUGCAGAGUCAGGUUUUUUCUUUUGAGGAGGGCUGAACCGCUGCCAGAAAAGCGCUCGAAAGCCCGGAAAUGAGACAGUCGCUCCCAAAUCCGCCCUUCGAUUCAAAGCGUCUCUGCGAGAGGAGUCGUCGCUGCGAGCGGUUCCCCGCGAGGUGGAGACGCAGCAAAUGAAAGCAACCAGCAACCAGGAACUUAUGGAGCCCGGGCUUCAGGCAGGAGCACAGCAAGAGCGAUGCUGGGGAGCUGUCUAACAGCCAGACCGGUUCGGGGAGAGCCUCAGCGGUGAUGCUGCCUUAAACCCCCAGCGCAAGCGCAUCUCUGGCAACGAUGGGGAAAGGCUGCCAAGAGAGGAAGGCCGUAGAAGAAGGAGAAAUUUUCGACUCUCCGGAAAAUACGGAGAAACCGAGCGAAUGGGGUGAAUCAGUGUCCAGCAAGGCAGAAAGGAAACGCACCUCCUCACGACGUACUUUGGUCAUCAUGUUGAUCUUCUUGGUGCUCAUCGGGGCGUUGAUAGGCUUGAGCGUGUCCGUGGCGAUGUCCUCCUUGUCUUCCCCUGGCUUCUCCUACGUGUGUCCCGAUACCUGGUUGGGUUUCCGAGGAAAAUGCUACUACUUCUCCAUCAACGAGAGCGACUGGCACUCCAGCCAGAAGAGCUGCGAGGCCGUCGGCGCUUCGCUGGCCGACGUCAGCAGCGAGGACGAAUUGAUCUUCAUCAAGCGUUACAAGGGUCCGGCUAACCACUGGUUCGGGCUGAGGAAGGAGGGCGACGAGAGCUGGAGGUGGACUAACGGCACAGCUUUCAACAACUGGUUCGAGGUGAGAGGAGGAGGACGGUGCGCGUACAUCAACGAGAAGAGGGUGAGCUCCUCCCUGUGCCGCACGAGCAAGAACUGGGUCUGCAGCAGACCCGACAGCUACGUCCUCUGGAAAGGAAAUAAGAACCCGUGAUUCAAGACAGUGGAAAGGAGAAAUUGAGAAGCUGUUUUGGGGUUGUUUUUGCUUUUUUUUUUUCCUCCCCCACCCUCCCCUUUUCCUCAGCUGUGUUUGCAGGUAGACCUGCUUACCAAAGCUGUGUACACCACCAAUAAAAAAAAUUUGGUAGGACUUUCCUAGCACUGGUGUUUCUGUCAUUGCUAUGCAGCUACAUAUAUAUUACGUAUAUAAUACAUAUAUAUUUUUUGCCCAGAGAUGCGUGAUUCUCUGCUGUCCGCUACUACGCGGGACAAGCCGAUCCAACGCCACGUGCUUUCGUAAGCAGCGUUUGCCCUGCAAAGCCAACUGGGGGCGAAACGGCCGAAUUUCGGUCCGUGGGGGUGGCCGGAGCUUCGGAAAGGGGGAUGAGGAGGGAAGGACGAUGAAGGUGGGUGCAGUGCUCGCGUGUUCGUUUGGGUUUGCAUCUUGGUUUGAUUUUUUUUUUUUUUUUUUUUCUUUUUUAACUCCGUAUUUCGGCGUUCUCAGCGGCGCUGAGAUCGCGCUCGGACAGACGGACGCAGGAAUCUCGCCGCGUGUAACUUCAGCCUUGCCUGCUUUUGAGUUUAUCUUCUGUUUUGUCAGCCUUUGGCCUUACAGCACCCCAAGUUUUGCGCGGGGUAACCGAUAUUUUAGCGUGGUAGCGUGGCCGAGCACCCUGCGGCGCUGGGUGAAGACUCCAGCCUCUUCCAGGGUCGUGGGUUCGAAUCCCACUGCUGCCAAGGACGACUUAGGUUGCCCAGAGAGGUUUUGGAGGAGAAAUCCCUGGAGAUGCUUAAAACCUGCUUGGGCUCAACCCUUUCUAACUAAGUCUGAUUCAGUUAAACUCAAUAAACAUAGCGAGAGCA